CUCGAAGGAUGAUCUCCUCCCAAGAGACUGAAAUGAACUUUUAUCAGUUUUUAUUCUGACAUCGAUCCCUUUUGCUUCUCCAGCAGCACGAUCUUUUAUUCAACAAUGAUAUCCCUCAACACGAAGAGGUAUCUGCCACUGCUAUGGGGAAUAUCUAUUUUGUUCUUUAUGGAGUCCAAAAGUGCUUCUAUCCCAGAAACCAGCAGUAUUAGCUCAACUGCUGAACCCAACAAGACAACCAAGCAGCUGAGCACUGCGCAUGUACAUCACAGUGCAACAGAGAUGAGCCUGCAACCAGGAUCUGACACGCAGUGCUGCAGAAUGGAAACUAAAGAGGCACUCAGUAACAUCAGUGGCAGCUCAACAGUUGGCUCGGUUGUCAUGAACACUGAGGCAGCAACUAUAAACAACUCAGGUCUACAACUGCCUGGUGGUUCCACAGAUGCUCCAGCUGUGACCACGGCUGCAAGUAGAGGACAGCGUUCCCACGAUACGACAAUCUCAGAAACAGCAGAACCUACAGAUCUGCCACAGUCACAAACCACUUCUACUGGCAUGAAUGUUUCUCCGGCGGCUCCUUCAACAGCUCCUGUAACAGUAUCUGAAAUAUCUUCAGUAACAGUGGCCGUGUCCUCGUCGAUGUCUACAUACAUCAAUGAGCUUGAUGUUACGACAAAGUCAUAUUCCACCAACUCUUCUGAUUAUUUUACUCAGGCUGCCCAGAACUUCAGCAGCCCCUCAAAUCUUAGUACAACUGCAACGACAACAAACACAUCCUCUGAGGCGUCCGAUGUGCUUAACCCCGACAGUACUUCUUCUCCUGCCAGAAUAAGUGAGAUAUCCACUGUCAGCACUGAGCUCUCCUCUGUGUCACAGCCUGUUUCUGCCACAAGAAGCCUGAUCUCCGCAUCGAACGUUCCUGACACAGCAAGGCCGAGCUCCACCACUGAGUCUCCCACCCCCUCAAUCUCAACAGAUCCUGCUAACUCCACUGCUGUCUCCACCAGUCUUGCAGGAGUCUUGAUCCCUCGAGUGCCGAUUCCAACAACCAAAUCAACUCCUGCAACUACAACAGCAGCUCAUGAAGUCUCAAAGUGCCCACCCAUCACUGAGGUCAAACCCUGCUCUAGCCGUAGAGUGGUGAAUGUCUGCCUCAUCACCAUCGCCUCCCUGGCUCUGUUAGCCACCAUCUUCAUGGUUUCUACCAUUGUCCUCUGCGUCAAGCUCUCAGCAAGGAAGUAUAAGGUCAAGAGACCUCAGAAUGAGACUGAGAUGAUGUGCAUCUCGACCCUGCUGCCUGAUAGGACUAACAACUACACAAGGCAACGCAACCCAGUCGCUAACGGAGUCCUGGUGUUCCCCAAUGGCAGAUAUUACGAUGAGGACGGAGGCGAUGACGUCACUCUCAGCAGCUUCCUUCCAGAUAAUGACCGUUAUAUUUAGAUGGAAUUGUUAUUAUUAUUAUUAUCAUUAUUAUUAUUAUGACCACAUACAAGUGUUCAGAUUGAUUGACCGAUCUGUCAGAUGCAAGUCAUGUGAAAAACAGUUUCUGUUUCCAUCAACACAUGCUUCCCUUUUGAUGUUGGUGGUUUGGCUUCAGUGCACACCCUAUACCUGUGGUGGAAGAGACUUAAAACCACAAACACCCCAGAAACAAAACAGUUGCUGUUUUAUAGAUCAUGAACAUUGAGUGACGUCAGCAUAGAGUUAAGACUUUUUACAUUAUUUUGAACUUGCCUUCUACUAUAGACUUUCCAUCGGUAUGAGGAGGAGAGUGAUCAAAGAGUUGUUUUAUCCUCUGCUGAGCCCUGUUGGUAUUUCACUUAGCAACAGGAGACAGGAAGGCUUGUUUUGUCAAGGGCUUACUGUUCUUCAGUGACACUAUUCAGUUUAUGAGAACUAUUCUGGAAGCUGUGAGCCUCCAUUGUAUGAACGCAGUGUUUUGAUUGAUUGCUACCUUUCUGUGACUUAAUUGUGUAAAGAUGCAGUUUCUGUAUAGCAGUUCUAUAUCUUUUAAAUGAUGGUCUUAUUUAAAAUUCUGGUAAUGCUGUAAAAACUUAUCACCUCUCUAGAAUUAGCUUGAAAGGUUCCUAGAAAGAACUUUAAUAGGCAAAAUACAGACAGUGUCUAAUUAAAUCUGAUGAACCUUUAGUCAGUGUGCAGUAGAUCAGCUAAACAUGAAAAAAUGUGUAAUUGAUUUACAAGAAAGUGCGCAAUCCAGCCCAUAUGGAGAUCUAAAUGGUCUUAUUUUAACACCUGUCAUGCAUUGAAGUGGUGCUUCUAGUUUCACAGCAUCUAUUUUUCUGUGGGUUUAAAUUCAGGGUUAUAAGGAAUUUACAGACAUGUAAAGUAGAAUGGAUUACUGUUUUAAGGGAAAGAGAGAUAAAACCUUGUGCU